AUGCUAGGAACUCGUUGUGGAAUUAUCAAGCAGCAAACCUCGACAAUGUCACAGAAACUGGACCUUGAAAUCAUUCAGCGCACAGUCGAGUCAUGGGUCCGUCAAUUCUUUCCUCGAGGUACUCAAUAUCAUGAAGGCCUAGCGGUAAGCGACCUAGCAGAAACGAUCACUGGUGGUCGCGCAAUCGAAUAUUACGAGCACGGUAGGUUUAGUAUCUUGGAUGCCGAAGCUGCGUUGUUGCAAGGGAAUGAGGAAUCUACACCAUUCAAAAAUAGCCCAAGCCCCAUCGAUCCCAUUUUGUUGACGGAAUCCAAUCAUUUACUACCUGGUGCGGCAGUCUUCGCUACCAACGUAGGCCACUUCGGUUUGGGGUCUGGUGCGGCACGCGUCGGCGACGAGAUCUUUGUGGUAUUUGGCUGCAGCUUUCCAAUAGUUAUGAGACAUGUCGAGGACUCAAAGUACACUAUCGUUGGGCCUUGUUAUGUCCCUAAGUUAUCUCAUGGUGAAGCUGUCCUUGGGCCCUUGCCGGAUGGCUGGAGAAUGAUAUUUAAUGGGGAAGCUUAUGAGGCCUUUAUUGCACCCGAUGGCAGGCAGACCUUCGAGGAUCCUCGUCUGGAUACGGAACUGCCCCCGGAAUGGAGUCAAGAUGACCACGAAGGGAGGAGGCUGUGUUGGAAGAAGCUUGGCGACUCGAAAUGUCGAAAGACUGAUCCUCGUCAGACACCGGAGCAGCUCGAGGCUCGAGGAAUCAAACUAGAGAACAUUAAAGUUGUAUGA